AUGCUUCUUUCGUUAAAUGUAGUUUUCUAUCUUUUCCACCACUCUUUUAUUAAAUACUGUUUUUCUUUCUUUUUUUUCAUUCUUUCAUUUAAUGUAGUUUUCCUUUUCUUUCUGUUGAUAAAAAAAUGUGAAGUGGGGGCCAUAAUUCUUUUUCUUUCCUUUUCUUCUUUUUUUAUUUUUUAUCUUUUUUUUUUUCCUCUUUUUUCCUUUUCUUCAUCUUUCUUUUUUCUUCAUCCUUUUCUUUCCUUUUCUUCUUUUUUUAUUUUUUAUCUUUUUCUUUUCUUCUUUUUUUCCUUUUUUUCCUGUUUCUUUUUUCUUCAUCCAUUUCUUUCUUUUACUUCAUCUUUUCUUUUCAUUUUUCUAAUUUUCCUUCUUCAUAUUUUCCUUCUUUACCAAUUUUUUUUUUAUCUUUUUUCCUUUUCUUUCAUUUUUUGUUUUCAUCUUUUUCUUUUUUCUUUUCUUUUCUUCAUUUUUUCUUUUCCAUCAUAUUUUCUUCUUUUUUUUUCUUCCUUUAUUUUUUCUUUUCUUGUCUUCAUUUCUUCUUCAUAUUUUUUUUACCUCUCUUUUCUUUUACUCUUUUCUUUUUCUUUCUUCUUUUCAUUUCUGCUUUAUUUUUUUCUUUCCUUUUAUUUUUUUUCUUUCCAUUUGGGCAUCAUUUUGUUUCAUUUCUCUUUCAUUCUUUCUUUUUCAUUCUUUCACAAUAUUCAUUCAUUUCUGCUUAAUACAUUACCCAUUUUUUAUAAUUCUUCAUAG